AUGAGGGUAUCAGUGGUUUUUGUUCUUUCAAGUGCAUUUUUUAUGUGUGGCAGCAGAGCCCUUGACUAUUGCUUCAUUGAGAAUGAAUUGUCCGAACAAUGGGCACAACCAAACAAUACAUACGAUAAAAGUUGUUGUGAACUAUCUGAAAAGCAAUGGGAAAUUAUUUCAUGGUAUUUUCUACGCGUUGGCAGUUAUAUCAAUGUAACGCAAAUCCAACGACACAAUAAAACACUUUACAUGAAUCAUUUUUUGCGUGAACUCUAUCGUUACACGGGAUUAGAAUAUUAUACGCAUGUUGUUCACUUUACUGGUGAGAAGGUGGCCGAAGAGAAUCUAUAUGAAGACAACUCAUAUCAGUGGCAUGCCGAAUCAAAACUAAGAAAUUCCACUUAUUACAUCGAAGAGAAUGAAUUGAAUAUUCGUGAGCAAAUUCGAAAGCAAAAUAGGAUUCGAGAAGACGAACCGAGCAGUGGCAGCGUGGUUUUGGCUGCUGAUUUUGAAAUUAUUGACCAAUUUUUGAACGGAAUCAUACGAAUUCCGUUUACAUCAAAACGAGCUCAUUAUGUCAUAUUAGUUUAUAAAGAACUGGCACAUGAUAAUUGGGAUAAGUGGGCCAGCAGCAUAUUGACAAAAAUGUGGAAAGUUUAUGGAAUAUUAAAUGCAAUCGUGUUGGCCAGUUGUAAACCAAAUAAUAUCGGUAUUUUUGAUCCAUUUGCAAAUACACGUCAACUGAAUAUAACAGAUCCAAAUGUGGACGAAUGGGGUAUUUAUCGAUCAUUUCCAAUCAAAUACCUUGACUAUACUGACAAUUGGCUUGUACAAAAAGCAUAUGCUCUGAAUGGUUUCCCAUUAACUGUGUCGCUUUUUGAACGAUAUCCAACGAUGUGGAAAGAUAUUCCCGAAUAUUUUGCUCAAACUCAUUAUGCAGAAGGUAUGAAAAAAUCUGGUUUCGCUGGAGUCGACGGAUUACUUUUAGGAAAUAUAGCCGAUGAAAUGGAUUUUACUGUAAUUACUGUAACACCAGAAGAUAAUCAUACUUAUGGAUUUAUGCGACGAGGUCAAUACUAUGGAACAAUCGCCGAUUUGGUAUAUGGUCGGGCCGAUUUGGCUUUCAAUUCAAGAUUUAUUUUAAACUAUGGAACAACUGAUGUUGAAUUUGUGGUACCAAUUUUGGAUGAUAUGUUUUGUGUCGUUAAGCCAGCAAUGAAUCAAACACCGCGAUGGAAAACGAUUUUUAGUUGUUUUGACAUUUAUUUUUGGUUCGCAUUCUUUAUGAUAACAACGCUAUCAAGUGUCAUUUUUCCCGUGCUCAAGUACUAUAAUGAAAAACAAGAACAAAGAGUCUUGCACGAUUCAUUUUUGUACCAAGAUUUUAAGAAUUUCGUUGUUGAGAAGAAAAUCUAUGUAUGGGAUAUAUUUGUGUGCACAUGGGAAGUAAUGGUUGGAAUGAAUUCAAUUUUACCGAUUACAACAGUUGAACGAUUAUUGAUUGGAUCAUGUCUUUUGGCCAAUAUUAUUAUUGGAGGUUCGUUUGAGGGUUCAUUAUAUACAGCUUAUACAAAAACAACAGACAAAGAAAUCAACUCACUUCAUGACUUGGAUCUCACGGGCCUACGAAUUAUGAUAUCAUCACCUGUGCUAAAGUAUGUGUUUGGAAAUCGACAAACUCGUUCUGAACUGUUGCAAUCGCUGAAACGAAAAGUUUUCAUCGAACAAGACGAAAUGAGUGGAAUCGCACGAGUUGCCGAAAUUGGAGAUGUUUGCAGAUUGGAGCGAUUUUCAGACGUACAACUCAUUAUGAAGACAAAAUAUUUGAAUCCCGAUGGAACGUCGAAACUUCAUGUUGUCAAAGAGUGUCCUCGUCAUUACUACUUAACAUAUGUGGUUACCAAAGAUUGGCCUCUGUUAUAUCGAUUCAGUAGAGUUUUACAGCGAUUUGCCGAAGGAGGCUUUCAUCUUGUGUGGUAUGAAAAAACUGAAGAGGCUUUUAUAUUAAAAUCAGACAUACAUUAUCAGGAACAACGAACUCGGAAGCCAUUUUCAUUGGACGAUAUUCAGGCACCAUUUUACAUUUUGCUAAUGGGAUAUAUUAUUUCAUUUAUCGUAUUUUUGAUUGAAAGAUUUGUUUUAACACCCAAUAAAUAUGGUCGAUUUGAAAAACUCGUUAUAAAUAAGAUUCCAAACGAACUUAAGAAAAAUCGCACCAAAACGUUUAAAAGAAGCAAGUCGCAUUUCAAAUAUUGA